CCGGGCCCGGCCGGGCCCAGCCCUCCAUGGCGCGGGAGAGGCUGCCCGGGAGGGGCUGCUGUGCCCUGCGCCGCUGUCUGCUCGCCGCCGCUCUGCUGCUUGGCCUGCGGCUCUGCGCGGAGCUGCAGCGCGCCGGGCCCCAGCCCCCAGCCCUCAGCCCCCCGCCAGGCCAGGGCCCCCGACCGCCCGGGUCGCACCUGCAGCCCGCGCCCGGCCAGCUGCGCGGCGCCAGCCGGAGGCAGGUGACCUACGUGCGCAGCGGGCGGCGAGCGCCGGCGGGGGGCAGCAGGAGUGGGACGCCGGAGCCUGGCUGCUGCGCCCUGCGCGGGCGUCCCCGCCUGAAGGGUCCCAGGUGGCAAAUAGACCUCCAGCCUUGGGCAGGCCCUGCUCGCUCCCUGGAUGAAGAAGCCUUGAGGUUCCUGAGAUACAUCAGCACCAUUCAGAUUGAGUGUGAUCACAUGAGCACAGACAGCCUGGCUACUGACUCCAGCCUUACAAAAAAUCCCUGGGCGGUCUGUCUUGAUGACAGGUUUGGCUUAGUUCAUCAACUCCGCAAUAAGCAGUGCCGCCUCUAUUCGUUAGGCCUAGGAAGUGAUGAUACCCAUUUUGAGGUUGGCAUGGCCAGCAAUGGAUGUGAAGUCCAUCGUUUUGAUCCUAGUGUUAAAUCAGCUCAUGUUCUGGAAAGUGAGCGUCUUUGGUUUCACCGUUUGUCCAUCGAUUGGCGGGACCCCCAUCCAGCUGUUGCUGCCCAAAAGCCGUAUGGCAACACCAGAAAACUGGGAGCCAUUUUGAAUGAAUUUGGGCAUCACAAGAUUGAUGUUCUCAAAGCAGAUCUGGAAAGCGCAGAAUGGAAAGUUUUGGAAAAUCUUAUUCUGGAAGAUGUCCUCGAACAAAUUGGACAGCUCAUCUUUGAGAUCCAUCUCCACUGGCCCGGGUUUGAGGUCAGUGGCAGUGACAGCAGCAUUGUGCGGUUCUGGUACAGCCUCCUCAAAGAGUUAGAACUACAGGGUUUCAGGCUUUUUCACAGCUACAAAGAUUUAUCUAAACCUCAGCUUUUCCUGAAAAAAGAUAUUUUCAAUGCGAGUAGCUGUUAUACUCUGGGUUGGGUGAAUACAAGAUGGAAAUAGGACACAGGAUCUCAUCAAGAACUCAAGGAAAUAUUUGCAGCAGGGAACGUGUCCAUGAUUCUAGUUAUUGGUUUACUUGUCUAGUCUCCCACUAGCCUGUGACUUGCUUGAGGCAGAGGUUGUGUUAUUACCUUUGUAGUACAUGUAGCUUGGCACAUGGUAGGGAAACAGUUAAUACAUGUUGAGGGGACAGACAUAGGCGUCGACCUCCAUCUGCCCAAACCCAGGCUUUUUGCCUAUUUGCCUCCAACAGAGUGGAAAUGCUUGUCUUUCCUCACCUCAACUUGGAAGAUAAUCCCCAAUUUAUCUCAGUUUUCCCUGAAAUUAAUUAUGUAUCUAUAAACCAUGAGUUCACCACCAUGAAAAAUAAAUUAUAUAACAUUUCUAUUUUUA